AUGUCCGUCAAUAACGGCCCCGAACAGCCUUGGAGCGUUGCAGGUGCGCUGCAACAACUUGGAAUUACACCCGAGGAAAAAGCCAAUGACUUCCUGCCCUUUUGGCAUAUUCUUGAACGACUCAAAACAACUAAACGUACGGGCUGGAAGCGCCAUGGUAUCAAGGACGGGGAAUCUAUUGCUGAUCAUUCAUGGCGGAUGGCCAUGAUUGCCAUGUUCGCGGCUCCCGCCAAUCUCGACAAACUCAAGUGCAUCCAGAUGUGUCUCGUCCAUGACAUUGCUGAGUCUGUCGUCGGCGACAUCACGCCUGCCGACAAUAUCUCGAAAGAAGAGAAGCAAGGUCGCGAACGUGAAACGGUGGAUUGGAUGGCCCAGGCAUUGCUGUGCAAAGCUGGAGAUGGGCGCCAGGGCGAGGAACUUCGUGGUAUAUGGGAAGAGUUCGAACAAGGAGACACUGCCGAGAGUCGUUUUGUCCAAGAUAUUGACAAAAUCGAGCUCCUCUUGCAGAUGGUCGAAUAUGAGGGCCGAAGUGCUCAAGAUCUAAGCCAGUUUGCAUACGUGGCACAGAAGCUUUCAGACAAUAUGAAGCCAUUGGGCGAAAAAAUCUUGGACGAAAGACAAGAUGUACUACCUGCGCCUGAAGAACCGGGAAUGAAAGAGAUGCAAGACAGAUACUACUCAUAG